UAGCUUGAACACACAAAAUGAAGAAUCCGACGUUUUUGUUGCUAGAUCCCUCCGUCGGGAGUUCGAACCCAGGAGGUUCAGCAGUUUCCGUUGACCAUGAUUUCGACCCAUCAGCAGACAUGCUCGUCCAUGACUUUGAUGAUGAACGUACCUUGGAGGAAGAAGAAAUGUUGGAGGCAUCAGAUGAGACAAACGUCAACGAGAUUGAAGAUCUUGCACGGGAGGGAGAGAUGCCCAUUCAUGAGCUGCUGAGUCUGUAUGGUUAUGGGGGUGGUUCGCCAGCAGAUGAUGAUGAUGAUGAUGAUGAUGAUGAUGAAGAGGAGGAAGAACUCGACGAAGAGGAGGAUGAUGAGGACGAGGAGGAGGAGGAGGAGGAGGAGGACCUGGACAAUGAUGAAAGCAGCAGGAGCACUGGCGAGUUAAAAAGAAAUGAGGUUUCGGGUGUUAAGAUCUCAUCGGUGCAGGGCGAUGAUGCCCAGGCAACUUCUGAGGUCCGCACACGCUCAGUCAGGACCCUCGGCACAGCGGAACUCAUUCGCCCCCAGAAACUCAAGUACUUUGAAAGUAAUAAUGAUGCAGAAGAUGAGUCUGAUGAAGAUGAGGACUAUGUUCCAUCGGAAGACUGGAAAAAGGAAAUCAUGGUGGGCUCAAUGUAUCAGGCAGAAACUCCCACUGGCCUGUGUAAAUAUAAAGACAAUGAAAAAGUUUAUGAAAACGAUGACCAAUUGUUGUGGAACCCCGAGUUACUUCCUGAAGGCAAAGUGGUGGAGUUCUUGACUGAGGCGUCAAGGCGGACAGGAGAGGAGAAAGGAGUGGAAGCAAUCCCAGAGGGAUCCCAUAUCAAAGACAAUGAACAGGCGUUGUAUGAACUGGUGAAGUGUGACUUUGACACAGAGGAAGCUUUAAGAAGACUGAAGUUUAAUGUCAAAGCAGCCAGAGAGGAGCUUUCUGUCUGGACGGAAGAGGAAUGUAGACAUUUUGAACAGGGACUAAAAGCUUAUGGGAAAGACUUUCAUUUAAUACAGGCCAACAAGGUGAGAACUAGGUCUGUAGGAGAAUGUGUGGCCUUUUAUUACAUGUGGAAGAAGUCUGAGCGUUAUGAUUUCUUUGCACAGCAAACCAGACUUGGGAAAAGGAAAUACAACCUUCACCCUGGUGUCACAGACUACAUGGACAGAUUACUGGAUGAAACGGAGAGCGCCACGUCCAGCAGGGCGGCGUCGCCGCCUCCCUCCAGCAGCAGCGCCAGCCACUCGGAGAGGGAAGACGGCAGCAGUCAGAACGGUAUCGUGAGCCACACUUCAAGUCACCCAGUGGAUGGCGCUCCGUUGCCCCCAAUGAAUCACGUGAAAGCCGAGUCCGUUCAGUCCAACGGGCCCUCCCUCCCGCUGGGGGAAGCUCCGGCUCCCCUGUCAGACGACGCCUGCAGCCCGCCCAGUGCGCCCAGUCACGACCAAAAUGGUUCUCUGGAGCCUUUGCUGGACCACAGAGAAACGGCAACGGCUCACGAAAGGCCGGCCAAGAGAUGCAGAACGGAGGCGGAGCCAUUGGACCAAAGCGAGGUGGAACCAUCCAGAACACAGGAGGACUGACAGAGUUCAGUGAUGAAGACUAAUAGACGCUGAAUUAUGGGAAAGCCUCCCGGGGGGGGGGGGGAGCCCCGCUUGGCCCGUGAGGGCAGUAGCUCCUGAGAGCAUAGACUCACUUUUUGACAAGGUCAAAGGUCACUGAUGAACACAGCCAACCAAACUGUAGCUGGUCCUCCAGGAGGGGGAGGCGGCCUCCCCGUCCCAACCCAUCCACCAACAGACAGCCCGCGGAGCUCCUCCCCCCUCCCCAUCGCCCGCGUUCACUUUUUGGAGACUGACUGACACAUUUUUGCCAAGAAUUUCUUUUUUAUAUUUGUACUCAUAGAACAUAAAUCACCUGUGAUAUUUUUUUACACAAGAGAUAUUUAUAUUUUUAAACAAGAAAACUAAUAAGUAACUGCUGUUCAAGCUAUUGAGAACAUACAUCUGAUGAAACGGGGACGUGCGUUUUAAUCGAUUAAACCUCAACGGUCAAAGAGGCGAGAUGAGUGAGGGCGGGGCCGCCACCGGCUCUUUGAGUUGCACUUUGAUUGUAUGUUUCUCAUCUUUAUGGACGAGGAGUGAGUCAAACCCAGCAGAAUUACAUUUUCACUCCUCUUCGUGAACCCGCUCCAGCCUCUAACUGGAGCGGCCGUUUGUCUGAUUCUGAUAAAUAAGCCGACGGGUUUGUUUGUGUAAAGCAGCUGACAUCAGUGAUGUCCUGUAUUAUAACUCAUGUAGGAGAGUAUUUUUGGAUUUUCAUAGUCGGUCCUUGGCUCAACGCUUUGUUUUUACUAGACAGAAUGUCCGUGAUUUUUAAUGUAAAGUUUGUAUAGAUUUCUUACCUUGAGCAGUUGGUACAUUUCUUUUUAUAUAACUGUCUGUUCAGGUCUUCCUUGUCGGCUGCUGUGCUUUUGGUUUCGACUCUUUUGCCUGUGUUGCUCUGAGAUGGAUGUAAUAAAUAAACAAGUAGCCAUUCCUCUUUCCUCCGUUUGGCACCACUUUCCAUUCCUGUGUAACAAUCUUGCACAAUCUGACAUGUUUGUAGCGGAGAGUGUCGUCUUCAGCGCAAAGAGAAACCUCCACGUUGAGGUCGAGCGUGCUGCUCAGAGUGCAUCGCUGACCCGUCGCUCCGCAGCAGCUUAACCUUCAUGUCCUGGGAGACCUUCGUUUGUUUUGGUCCAGUAUCUGUUCGGCUUGAUGCUCAAGUGUUUUACUUUGAACUUGCAUUCACAAUUAAGAUAAGUUUGUCUCAAUAUUGUUGAUCCAUGUAGUUUUUUUCUUUCCCUUUGUUGACAACGAUGUGUAGUUUCUGGUUUUUUUCUUUCUCUGUAAAUGACAUGAAUAAAAUUGAUUUCCAAGACUGGCUAUGAAUGGAAUAACAUUGGCUAUAUUUAAUAAAUGUAUUAAUGAGUGA